CGGACGCAGCCGACGCGGUAAACAUGAUUACGACGCGAUCUCGUGGCGUAUUUGGCACCGGUUUUCUGAUAGCGCUUACGAUCGCAAUUUUGCCGCAUGCAGACCUUGCCGCGGGAACGGGCGGAGGAGGAAUGUUUGGUGAUGUCAACAUUUCCGCCAUAUUGGAUUCUCUGAGUGUAAGCUAUGACAAGAGAGUCAGACCAAAUUACGGAGGACCGCCAGUGGAUGUGGGAGUCACCAUGUACGUGCUUUCCAUCAGCUCUCUGUCUGAAGUGAAAAUGGAUUUUACACUGGACUUCUACUUCAGACAGUUUUGGACGGACCCCAGGCUGGCUUACAAGAAACGGACAGGAGUCGAAACAUUGUCCGUUGGUUCGGAAUUUAUUAAAAAUAUAUGGGUACCUGAUACUUUCUUCGUUAAUGAAAAACAGUCUUACUUCCACAUUGCGACUACAAGCAACGAAUUUAUUCGUAUACAUCAUUCUGGAUCUAUAACACGUAGUAUAAGGUUGACCAUUACUGCUUCUUGUCCUAUGGACUUGCAGUACUUUCCUAUGGACCGUCAAUUAUGCAACAUCGAAAUCGAAAGUUUUGGCUACACCAUGAGGGACAUCCGAUACAAGUGGAACGAAGGUCCUAAUUCUGUGGGCGUGUCCAGCGAGGUAUCUCUGCCGCAGUUCAAGGUGCUGGGUCAUCGCCAACGAGCAAUGGAGAUCUCCCUUACCACAGGAAAUUAUUCGAGGUUGGCGUGUGAGAUUCAGUUCGUGCGGUCCAUGGGAUACUAUUUAAUACAGAUUUACAUUCCGUCUGGUUUGAUUGUGAUUAUCUCAUGGGUGUCUUUCUGGUUGAAUCGAAAUGCGACUCCGGCUAGAGUGUCGCUGGGAGUCACCACUGUCCUCACGAUGACUACACUUAUGUCCUCCACUAAUGCAGCUCUACCUAAGAUUUCGUACGUGAAGUCCAUCGACGUCUACCUGGGCACCUGCUUCGUAAUGGUCUUCGCUAGUCUACUAGAAUAUGCGACUGUUGGAUACAUGGCAAAACGUAUACAGAUGAGGAAGCAAAGAUUCACUGCUGUUCACAAAAUCGGUGACAAGAAACCUGGAGAAAUAAUGCCUGGACCUUCUGAACCAAUGCCUCCUCCAAGGACUAGCACUCUAUCCAGACCAAUGCCGCCUAGCCGCUCCACGGAAAUUCGAUUCAAGGCUCACGAUUCCAAAGCUUAUUCUAAAGGCGCCACGUUGGAAAAUACUAUUAAUGGAUCUCGAGCUGCUAUUGCUCCACCACCUGUUCCUGGCCCACCAAUUGAUGAGGAAGCUGGCACACCCGCCCAUAUGAUGCAAACUCCAAAGGGAAUGAACAAACUUAUGGGGACCACACCAUCGGACAUCGACAAGUACUCUCGCAUCGUGUUUCCCGUCUGCUUCGUCUGCUUUAAUCUCAUGUACUGGAUCAUUUACCUGCAUGUUUCUGACGUGGUUGCUGAUGAUUUGGUACUACUUGGCGAGGAAUAAAU